GUCAUUUAAGCAAAGUUCUCGUGAGCUCUUCUGUGGGCUGGCUGAAAGUUGGGGAGGCGCGAAGGCUUGCCAGCCAUCUCCCCCAAAGGAAAUGUUUGAGGGAAGAAGUGUGAAUGUAUCUAGUUAUUUACAACAGACAUUUAUAAAAAGAAGUUAAAAUGACAGAUAACUUCUUACCUUUGUGGAAUACUUCAGUGAACUUUUUAACUUAAUUUUUUUCCUAUCCCACUCAUUUCUGGGUGGUUGGCUAUAUCUUACAUUGUAGCCUAGCUAAAACAUAAACCAUUUGUUUUUCUUGCAGACAAAGUAUAAUUGGAUUUAUCUUUGUCAGGAGACAAUCUAUUAUGGCCUUUAUUUCAUACAGUUUCAGAUGUCUUUCAGUGGCAGAAACAAAUUAAUGUACCUUUUUAUUAGGUGUUGUAUCUAUUUAAUUGACUGUCAAAGUGAUGAGAAGUUAGGAAAUCAUCCAAAAGAGGGGUCCAUCUCCCUUAGCCCAACAGCUCACACAUUAGGUAGGCUUGCCCUGUCAGUGGGAUGCCUUUAGAAAACACUAAUAGCUUCCAGCUGGGUGGAAAAUCAAAACCUUUGGGGUCUGACAAAACUAGCAGAUUUGAAUUUGAAAGCAGAGCUAAUGCCUCCAUUUUAUUUUUUACCACUCGCCCAUAAAACAUCAUUUUCCAAUAUGUCAGCCUCAUUUGCUGGCCAGUGGUCUGAACUUGAGAGUGGAACAAGUGAGCAGAGAAAUCUGGACGUUAGUGAGUCCGCCCUUUCAAGCUGGUGUGCCGCUUGGUGGAAGGGUCUCCCCUAAGAGCAGGGGGGUCUUAAUGACCAUUCAUCAAUGCUCAUUGGCUGAUCAUUGAGUGCCUUCUCAUUCAGUUUAUCAAGUCUUGCACAUAAAAAGUCAGAAUAAGCGUUAUUCAGCUUUGUUAAAGGCAACUAGGAGUAAAAUGCUCCAUUUGAACCCAUUUUGCCCUUGUUUUUUCGUUUUGUUAAUGCAGCCCUGCUUAAAUGAGUGCCUUUAUUGGGUCAGUUAGAAUAUCCGAAACUAUUAAUUCUCUUGUAUUGAAUAGCUGGUGGCAGGCCCGAGCAGAUGGGGUAGGAAGGUAUUUGGUUGGGUGUAUUGCUUUCAAUUAGGAUCAAUGAGGUUUCAGCUCCUUUGAAUUAACUCACUUAAUACCCACUGUGUGAAGUCACAGUGUAUCACAACAGCCUGCUGGAAGCAGAGAGGAAAGUUGAGAAGACCUGUGGAAAAGCUUUAACUUAAGUUCUCCCUUCACCAGUGUGGAGAGCUUUCAUUAACUGCAGGCGGUUUCAGUAGACUGCUAGUCCCUACUGGUAAGUCAGGUUUGAACAAAGGAAAAUCUGUACGUUAGGGCUGGUCUGUUUUGGAAACAAGUGAAAAAUACCUUGGAGUAAUACAAUACCAUAAUGCCUUUCUAGUGAAUGAUCUAAAUUUAUUGUCAAAAACCAAUUUAUGUAUUUUUUUGGGAGCCCGGCAUUCAGUCGUUGACUAAAUUUACCGAUUUGGAAAGUGAUUAUUUAGAUGACUCUCUUUUAAAAAUGCUCUGUGUUCUUAAUUAAAAGACAUGUGUUAACUGACAUGGCUCUCCUGAGGAAGUUACUUAAUUGAACAGCGAUGUAUUCUUUGUUAUUGUUUUGAAUAUAUUUUUAUUUCAUAAAACAUGUUUCCUGAUGGUGAUUGAGGACAGUGUUUUGUGCUGGAGAAAACUUUUGCAAUACAUAUUCUUUUUCCCCCAUUCACCUACAUAAAUGCCUUCAUCAUGUUAUUGUCUAUUUUUAUUAUACAAUUUGGAUGUUAGAGAUCUUGGCUCCUUAUACUCUUUCUUUCUUUUUUUUUUAUUAAUGGGAAAGUUAUUUCUGUCUCAGUAACUGUGUGGAACUACAUACCCAGGUUUCCCUAUUCACGGAGAACUGCCAAAUGGGGUUCUGCUGCUUUGCUGGCCCCCAUGGACUAAAGAAUAAAAGAAGGAAACUGGUUCCUUGAGAGAACGCUGAACUAGUCUUAGAUGCACACACGUUCAGUGAGGCCCUUCCUGCAGUCAGACUUGUAGGUGAGAGUCUCCAGAGAUCCCGGUUUUGUUGACGUGGAUCAAUUUAAAGUGGCAAUUACUGUAGUCAGAUAACAGCUUAAAAAGCUUUUUUACACAUAGAAAAGAUACAUAAUCACACGGCAUAUGGAAGUUCAAUUUUCUGAGCUGUGGUUUAGGGACUUGAAGUGUACUGAUAUUAAGACCCAGUUUUAAAACCGAUAUCAUCCAGUUUUCUUAAAGUGUACUGCAUUUCUGUCAUCUGAUUUUCUAUUUCACAAGUGAUUCACCGUGCAUAUUGAUGAAAGGUUGGGUUUCCCACUGUGAAAAUGUUUUCUUUCUAAUGUAGGUAUAGUAUAAAAAAUAAUCAGCGGCAUGUAGCAUUGGGUGGCUUUUAAAAAAAAGUACUCUCUUUAAAAAUGAAAACCUACAGAUUUAGGAUGCUGGAUUCCAUAAAGGCCCUUAUAGUAGGACUUAAUUGAUUAUCACACUCAUGCCUGCUAUAAAGCUUUGUGUCAUAAGAAUGUUUGAGCUUGGUGCUUAACUGUACUGAAAUCCAUUACACAGAACCUCAUUACAAGUGACAUCUAAGAUGAACAAAAAGAUUGGCCUCAUAAAUAGGGUGCAGUAUACUAUUAGUGACAGAACGGAGUAAUCAUUAUGAAUUGUAGUCUUUUUACAAGUUGUCUCUGACAGUGAUGGAUUUUUGAGGGGUUCACUAGAUGAAGCAGUGCUUCCUGGAUGCAGUAUUUGGGGGCUGUGGAAGUCCAAUAAGCAAAGGACAUGUUGGAGACUGUGAAGGGAUAGCAAGAGUUAAGGGGAUGCACCCGUCUGUCGUGUUCCUUGAGCUAGCAGGCUGGUCAGAGGCUCCGGAGUAGAAUUGUUGCUGUGUUUACAGGGGAUGGAACAUACAUUGGAAAGGUAAAGCCUGAGGGAUCUGCCUCAUCACGUGCCCUCCUGUUAAAACAAACACACACAGACCUCGGAAAGAUUUGCAAGUGUUAAAUUGAGGAAGAGUUUCAGAAGAGAACGUAUUUUCCUUCUGCCUGGCAUUUUUGUGUGUUUAGAAAAGGCAUGCAAGGCAGGCAGGCGUAGGUUUCUCCUAUGAGGCAAGGAUGUUUUACAAAGGACUAAAGAAGGACUGCUGAGAGGAAAAUAGCCAGCUUUAGAUAAAGCACUAUAACAAAAGAGUGUACUUUUAUAUAUCAUGGUGUCCAUUAAAGCUUAAUAGGGAAGAGUCCAUUGAACCUGGCUGGGUAUGUGUUAUUCAUGGGAAGGAUAAACAUUUAAGGGUGUGCAAAAAAUCAGGAAUCAGGAGGACGUGAUUGUUCAGCUUUUGAAAAGGCUCUACAGUGAAGAUUUUGUUUUCAUCUCCCAUGGAUCUCUAUGCAAGAUAGGAGAGUAAGCUGAAAAUGUUUGGAGCAUGUCAACGCGGGGAUCCCGGGGGUUAAAAGCACUCUAGUAAAAUAAAAGUGGUCUGCUUCUGCUUCUCAAAGUGUUCUAUUUUACACACAUUACUGAGAAGCUGACAAAGGGAAUGAUUCUGAUACUUUGUUCACUGUGAUAAACUGGCACAAUAUACAAAGUCUUAUAAAAAUGUUUUUAUACUGUUUUAGAUUUCCAGUUCAAUAAACAAGCUUUGAGGUAUGUACCUAUGUUUGUUUUUUAAUACAGUUGCCAAUUAUGGCUGUUAACAUGAGAAGAUGAAGGGAAGCCUUUAAUUGUGAGCAGUGGUAGGGGGCCAGGUCUUUCCAUUCUUUUGGCAAAAUAAGGGUUAACUUGUAACGGGAGGGGGGCGGUGGUGAAUGAAUUAUUCAGCAUUUAGCUUAUCAUUCUGCCUUUUACUUUCUGUUCUUUGGUGCUCUGGAACUUGGGGAGAGAAGUAGAGUGGGUAAGAGGAGAUAGGGGUUGUGAUACUUUGCACACACAUCCCUGUCAUUGUUCUGCCUGAGGAGACAGGGCUGGGUUCAAGGCCACAUGUGCUCCUGUCAUCAUCCACAUUUCUGCUCCAAGUGCAAUCCGGAGUGUCAGCUCUCCAUCUGUCUCUGCCUGGCAGGCGCACGCGCCCAGCACCCUGCCUCGGGCUAUGCCGCCCCAGCCCCUUCUGACGGCCCUCCUCUCUCCGCCGCCGCUCAUUCCAGAACAGGAGGCAUGAGCCCCGAUCGCGCUCGCUUUUAGGAGAGAGCCACUUUCCGUGUGGACUCUGGAUUCAAGGAUGCCUGAUCGGACUGAGAAGCACUCCACGAUGCCAGACUCACCUGUGGAUGUGAAGACCCCGUCUAGGCUGACUCCUCCCACGAUGCCACCUCCCCCAACAACUCAAGGAGCUCCGAGAACCAGUUCAUUUACACCAACAACAUUAACCAAUGGCACGAGCCAUUCACCCACAGCCUUGAAUGGGGCCCCCUCGCCGCCCAGUGGCUUUAGCAAUGGGCCUUCCUCUUCUUCCUCUUCUUCUCUGGCUAAUCAACAGCUGCCCCCAGCCUGUGGCGCCAGGCAACUCAGUAAGCUGAAACGGUUCCUUACUACCCUGCAGCAGUUUGGCAAUGACAUUUCACCCGAGAUAGGAGAGAGAGUCCGCACCCUCGUACUAGGACUGGUGAACUCGACUUUGACAAUUGAAGAAUUUCAUUCCAAACUGCAAGAAGCUACUAACUUCCCACUGCGACCUUUUGUCAUCCCAUUUUUGAAGGCCAACUUGCCCCUGCUGCAGCGUGAACUCCUCCACUGCGCAAGGCUGGCCAAACAGAACCCUGCCCAGUACCUCGCCCAGCAUGAACAGCUGCUUCUGGAUGCCAGCACCACCUCACCUGUUGACUCCUCAGAGCUGCUUCUCGAUGUGAACGAAAACGGGAAGAGGCGAACUCCAGACAGAACCAAAGAAAAUGGCUUUGACAGAGAGCCUUUGCACUCAGAACAUCCAAGCAAGCGACCAUGCACUAUUAGCCCAGGCCAGCGGUACAGUCCAAAUAACGGCUUAUCCUACCAGCCCAACGGCCUGCCUCACCCCACCCCACCUCCACCUCAGCAUUACCGUUUGGAUGAUAUGGCCAUUGCCCACCACUACAGGGACUCCUAUCGACACCCCAGCCACAGGGACCUCAGGGACAGAAACAGACCUAUGGGGUUGCAUGGCACACGUCAAGAAGAAAUGAUUGAUCACAGGCUAACAGACAGAGAAUGGGCAGAGGAAUGGAAACAUCUUGACCAUCUCUUAAACUGCAUAAUGGACAUGGUAGAGAAAACAAGGCGCUCUCUCACUGUACUAAGGCGGUGUCAGGAAGCAGACCGGGAGGAGCUGAAUUACUGGAUCCGGCGAUACAGCGACGCCGAGGACUUAAAAAAGGGCGGCAGCGGUAGCAGCAGCCACUCCAGGCAGCAGAGUCCCGUCAACCCCGACCCAGUGGCAUUAGAUGCGCAUCGGGAAUUCCUUCACAGGCCUGCUUCUGGAUACGUGCCAGAGGAGAUCUGGAAGAAAGCUGAGGAGGCCGUCAACGAGGUGAAGCGCCAGGCGAUGACCGAGCUGCAGAAGGCCGUGUCCGAGGCCGAGCGGAAAGCCCAUGACAUGAUCACAACAGAGCGCGCCAAGAUGGAGAGGACGGUCGCCGAGGCCAAGCGGCAGGCCGCGGAGGACGCGCUCGCUGUUAUCAAUCAGCAGGAGGAUUCGAGUGAGAGUUGCUGGAAUUGUGGCCGUAAAGCGAGUGAAACCUGCAGUGGCUGUAACACAGCCCGAUACUGUGGCUCAUUUUGCCAGCACAAAGACUGGGAGAAGCACCACCACAUCUGUGGACAGACCCUGCAGGCCCAGCAGCAGGGGGACACGCCCGCUGUCAGCUCCUCCGUCACGCCCAACAGCGGGGCUGGGAGCCCGAUGGACACACCACCAGCAGCCACCCCGAGGUCGACCACCCCAGGGACCCCUUCCACCAUAGAGACAACCCCUCGCUAGACGUGGACUCAGAACUGUCGGAGGAAAGACGACACAACCAACACGAAACCAAUUCCUCAUCCUCAGAUGCUCAAAGUUGUUUUUUUGUUUGUUUGUUUAUAGAUAAACUAUCUUAUUUCAGUACUUCAGCAAGAGAGAACCUGACUGUAUCUUGAGGCGGUAGUAAAACAGAGGGCCAGUAACGGGUCGUAAUGACUUAUUGUGGAUAACAAAGAUAUCUUUUCCUUAGAGAACUGAAAAGAGAGCAGAGAAUAUAACAUGGAAAGAUAGAUUUGACCUCUUCCCUGUUAUUUUCCAGUAGCUGGGAUUUUAAACUAGAUGACCUCAUUAACCGAUGCUUUACCAAACAGCAAACCAAGAGAUUGCUAAUUGCUGUUGAAAGCAAAAAUGCUAACAUUAAAAGUCACAAUGUUCUUUAUAUACAAUAAUGGAAAAAAAGAGGAAAACUCUCAAGGGCAUGAGCAUUGGCUACAGCGGUAGACAUUUUAACGAGAAGAUGAAUGGCGUCCGUGGGUUGCUAACUGAACUUUGAAGACCCGCUGCAAAACGCGCAGAUGUGUAGCAUAUUGGAAGGAGACACAGAUGUUUUGUUCUUUCCUGUUUCUGAAAAGAAAUAAUAAUAUCCAGGUCAACAGAAGGAAAAAUGAAAGAUGAUUUGCAGUGGGAUGUAUGAAUACAGCAGCAAGAAAAAAAAAAUGCCAUAAUAUAAAAGGCUCCUUUUUAUAUAUAUAUACACACACACAGAAGUGAGACUCAGCCUGCAGUUAAUUAGCAUUCUGGCAGCUUUGACUUCAGCCGGCUGCCCUCAAUACCCCUUCAACGUUUCCUCACUUUUGCAAGGUUCCACAGAGUAAGACAUUGGGUCUAUUCCAGCUCAUUCAUUUUAUAUUGAAAAAUAAUUUUAAAAAAACGGUGGCUCCAGCUCCAGCCCCUUUCCAAAUUUUUUCAACCCCACCCUGUUUGAAUUUUUAAUUAAAAACUAGUAGUUCUCUUGGUGUUAAAACACUUCUGUCCUGUGAGGUUUCCCAAUGGUGUUUUUCUUGUGUGUUGGACAAAUGUGAAGAUGCAUUGUAGUUUAACCAUAUGCCCACAUUUAGUCUCUUUAUUCCUAGUUGGUGAGAAACCUGUAUCUUUCUAUGCUGCUUUUAUAUCUGUAUGUAUUAGUGAUAAUAUCUCUAGUAGUUCAGAAAAAAAAAAAAGAAAAAAAAAAAGACUCUUUUUUUUGGUUGUCCUCAAGAAAAGAAAAGAAAAAAGGCUAUCUUUCGGAGCUGCUAUUUCACUCUCUUAUAGGAUUUUUUUUCCUGAAAACCAGCAUGCUUCACGGAAUGCUAACAUAUUGGUGUUUUUGUAAGAGGGAUGUACAUAAAUGUAUUUUGCACUGUCACAAUGACUCCCUAGGCAUGCUUUUUUUUUCCUUUUUUUUUUUUUUUUUUUUUGGGCAAACUCUUUUUAAAUAUGCUAGAGCCAUUUCACCAAGUUUAGCUGUAGCAUAGAGUAGUAGUGGAAUUUUUCUUUCUUGCUUUCUUUUUUUUUGUUUAAAUCAUUAUUAGGGACUUUUUUAAAAAAAAAACAAGAUAUCCUACUUUAAAAAAAAAAAAGACAGUGCAUGCAUAUUGCUGUAAGGUUGUUUAAGUAUUUCUAAUUUUACAAAAGAAAAAAAAGAUAAAUCAUUAGAGCUCCAAAUGCUGAGGUGUAGACUGACAGCUUUAACACUGCUGAAUGCCAGGUUAUACAGUAUUCUUACAAAAAGGGAAGUCAGCCAAAGACUGAUCUGAUGGACCAAAAUCGGAAUUUUGAAAAGCACCAGUACUACUUUCCAAAUGAUCAGCAGGUUAAACAUGUUCAGCAAGGUAUAGUGUGAAUCCAUUAACCCUUCGUUGUCCAGGGUCCAGACCAGAACUACUUGUUAGUUUUGAACACAGUAGCCCAGGAUAUGGUUGUGUGCUUUAGGGAAAGCCAGCAGUGCUGCAGGCUGUGUAGACAACCAAAGUUUUCGAGGCUGGGAAGACACUCGCCACAUACAUACACACAUCAGGCAUUUAUUUCAAAAUCUAAAAUUGUCACUGCAGGCAGCGCUAACAAAAUGAUCCAUUAGCUUUGACUUUUUUUUUUUUAAAUGUAGCCCUUGGUUACAGUUUUAAAUGGCUUUUAAGUAUCUGCCGGAUCUUAUGGAGGCGAUCCUAAAUCAGUUUGCUUUAAGUACCUUAAACCUAACGUUUUUAGCCUUUUUUUCCCCUGUCUUUUCAUAUACAAGUUGGUUUAAAUUUUGUUUGGGUGGUGUUACUUUUUUUAAAUGGCUUUUUAGUUCAGAAAGUUCUGAUGAACAAAUAAAUACAUCUCUCUGCAUGUUGGAGGUCCAUUUGCCAGCACACCUGCUUACAGUGAAGUAAAAGCACAUAACCAGGCUCUGAAUGGGUUAUAUUUUAUCAUGGUGCUCCCAGAAUCCUUUGACCUCACUCUGCUUCUAGUCUGCUUGUGACACUGGACAGUCCUUUCUUACAGAGCUAUUAUAUGUUCUAGGCUACGAAGGGUUAAAUAAUCCCAAAAAUGAGGUAUGUCAUACCCACACGUCUUUCUCUCUAGAAGCUGUGAUGUAUGUGAAACAGCACUGUUAUUCUUAACACUAGUGUGUAAAAUAUGGAUUAGUACAGUACGUCUCAUUACUUUUAAUUCAGGGCACCCUGAGUGAAAACAAAUACAAAAAAUCCCUAACUCUGAGCUCUAUCUCUGAUUCCUCUUCCUCCCCCUCUUCCUCCUCCUCUUCCUCUCCUCCUGUUUUGCUACAUUCUCCUCAGUGGCAAAAAGUUUCACUCUACCUCUGACAGCAUGUAUAUUGCACCAGUAGCUAACAAAAACUGGUCUAGUCAAACCAAAUGGGCACAAAAGAACCAGGAUACCAAAAGUUAAGCUCAUACAGCUGCAAACCAUAUCACUUCUUGGUAACAAUGCAGACCUCAUAAACCUAAAGAAGAGAAAGAAAAGAAAACUUUUGUUACUUUCCUUUUUUGCUUGUCACUUAUAUACAGGCUAUGUGAGAGUAUAAUUUGUAGGUAUAACACAUUUUAAAAAAAGGUUAUCUUCAUUGGAUAGAAUUGAAUGGUGGUCGCUGAUAGGAAUAGGGCGUCCUCUCUUAUCUCUGUCUCGGACUCUUUUCUCUUUCUCUCUUUUCUGUCAUGAGACUGUGUGUGACAGGGCCUCCUGUCUUUUUAAUUUUUUCCUUAACUUUUUUUUUUUAAUGUGUAGGUGCAUGUCUUGGGGAUUUAAAAAUUUCAAGGCUGGUUUACUUAUGCAAAGCAUGCCUACGUCUGGAAUACUUAGGGAAAGAAAGCGACUCCAUGUUGUCCGAAUUCCUCAAGGGACAGAAAAUAAUUGGAGACUGUUGAAAUGCAGAUUUGAAGUAAUUUUUUUAAAAUAUUAUUUUGGGUUCUGCGACAUUGUGAAAAAUUCAAGUUGUUGUGCAAUACUUAAUUCAGACAUGUACCACAAGUUAAUGGUAGACUAACACUGGGGGGUGGGGUCUAGGCGUCAUGCUUUUGUCAGCAUACUCUUGAGCUUUUGAGUCUACUAUGUCUGAACUGUGGUUUCUUGUUUAUCCUUUUUUCCUUAGUUGGACUGUAAUGUAUGGUCUGUCAACCUGUGAAUCUUUAAAGUAUGAUUCAGGUAUUGUUGUAUUCUUUACUGUGUAAUAAAAAAGUUUAAAAAAAUCUGUAUUCUCUGCCUCCCUUAUCCUCAGUGUGUGCCACGGGUGUCCACCCAGCGGCCCUGGCCUGGGAGUCCAUCUGAAGUGCUUCCCUAGAGUUGAUUCAGUUGCAAAGCAUGCCUCUGAACAGGAAUUGGCUCAUCCAUGAUUGGUGAAUAGGGAAUGAUGUCAGAACAGUGCAAAAGUCAAGUUAGUUUAGGGGAGAUUAUUACCCAAGCAAGAGGAGCCAGAAGAGGGGGAGGAGAAUUACAACCUUCCAGAGGAAAGGAGAGCUUGGUUUGCUUAGUUUAGCUGCUGCAUAGGCAGGGCAACAGAGGCCCUUUUGGCUCCAUUUUGAUAAAAUGAGAAAUGAGUGCCUACAUCUGUGU